GACUUUUCAUUCGAUUUUGGACUGUCUAGGCGCCCACCUAUGAUAGUAUUUCUAGUUUUCAAAGUCUUCAGUACACAAAAUUUUUGGUCAUUUUUUGGUGUUGAAAAUUUAUGUAACCACAUAGUUUUGGCUUAUUAAAUUUUUAGUACGGAAUCAAAAUUAUCAGUUUUUGUCCCUUCGAGGACACCGUUUUUGGCAAUAUGAAUACUUUCAAGGUCGGCCGACUGGGUGCGACAUACUGCUGGCGAAUCGGCAGCCUAAACCGUCAUGUCGUGCCUUCGUCCCGUCUCUUCCGUUGUCUGCAGAAGCGGCAUUACACCAAACGCUAUACCUUCGAUGAUUUGACCCAGUCUCGUAUGGAAGCAAUCUACAAUUCGCCGAGCAAUAUUAAGCCUCCGCGCGAGAGUCCCUGGCGGGAUAGCCAGGCGACCGACUUGAAUGAUAUCGGAUAUGAGUCCCAUUGCAAUGAUCGCUUGUACAUGGCAAAGAACUUAUACCGUCAUUCCAAACAGGCGUAUGAGCAAAAGCGACACGAGCGGCGCUUGGAGGCCCAGAAGAGGUUCCAAAAGCAUUUCAAUAGCGAUCAGGAAAAAAUAGAGAGCCGGAAGCUCAGCAUUAUGCAGAAUCCUGCCGAUCAUCAGAAGCGGCAGACGGAAAUUAUCGAGAUGAAUCGCCGACGAUGGCAGAGUCGGCCGGAAGCAAAAAGGGAAAUCAAUACUUCGGGCAUCACAUACCGUCCCGAAUUCCAGAAACAGCUAACGAGUACGGAAUAUUCUGAAUUCCAGAGGCGCCUGAAGAAUCUCUUGGGAAGGCAUAACGAAGCGGAAGAAGAGGACUUUCGCGUGAAAAGUCCCAGGGCGGAAGCAGAAGAAGAGGACUUUCGGGUGAAAAGUCCCAGGGCGGAAGCGGAAGAAGAGGACUUUCGCGUGAAAAGUCCCAGGGCGGAAGCGGAAGAAGAGGAUUGGCGUAUGGGAGGUCCGUCCCAAUACUCUGCUCUUCAGAGGCGUCUCAGGACGCUAAUGGAGGCUGAAAAAAACCCGGAAGAGGACUGGAGGGUGAAAAGUCCCAGGGCGGAAGCGGAAGAAGAGGACUGGCGAGCAAAAAGCCCGAGGGCAGAAGGGGACGUGGACUGUCCACCAAAAAGCCGGAGGCCAGAAGGGGACGUGGACUGUCCACCAAAAAGCCCGAGGGCAGAAGGGGACGUGGAUUGUCCACCAAAAAGCCUGAGGCCACAAGAGUACUGGCGGAUAAGAAGUCGGAGGCCGGAAGCGGAAGAAGAGGACUGGCGAGUGAAAACGAGGGGAGAAGCGGAAGACUUGUUCUGGAAGCUUAAAAGCCAGAGGCCAGAAGCGGAAGAAGAGGACUGGCGAGUAAAAAGCCCGAGGGCAGAAGGGGACGUGGACUGUCCACCAAAAAGCCUGAGGCCACAAGAGUACUGGCGGGUAAGAAGUCGGAGGCCGGAAGCAGAAGAAGAAGACUUUCGGAUAAAAAGCUGGAGGCCAGAAGCUGAAGAAGAGGACUGGCGGCAAAUGAGAAGCCGGCCUACGGGUUCCAGCCUCCAGAGACGCCUCAUGGAGCUCAUGGAGGCUGAAAAGAAACCAGAAGCCGAAGAGGAGGACUUGCGCGUACAGAACCCCAAGGCGGAAGGCGAAGGAAAAAACCCUAGGCCCGAAGCGGAAACGAAAGCGGAAGCGGAAGAUAGGGCGUGGAAGGCUAGAAACCUUUCGUUGGUCUUCGAUCCAAAUCAACCCUCCAAGUCCGGGCAGAAGAAACGCGAUCAGGAUGUGGAAUCGCAGUACUGGCACUCCUGGCACACCUGUCCCGACAACCAGGAGGCGGAGACCACCGUGCAGCUGAAGCCCCAUCAGCGCCGCAAAAAAAUUACGAUCCAUCCGCCAUCCUAUACACGCGGCGGCCAGAGGCGUAGCUACCACCAGGCAGCCCUUUAUCCGCAACCCAUUGAGGCACAGCCCGAGCCGCUGUCCAACGCUCCUCUGAUGCCGAAGCCGCUCCGUGCCAUCCCCAAAAAGGAGAAGAAAUCGAAGCCCAAGCGCAAACGUGAGCGCAAGCCAGUAAUGCCGCCACGCUUCAAGAUGACCAUCAAGACUCGCCUGGCGGUUACACGCAGACCCACGCCCGAGCCCAGCACCUUGCGGCGUCUCAACAUACCAUCAGAGGUGGCAGGACCUAGUUUUCAUAUGGCCAAUCUUCCUAACUCUUUCUUGAACGGCUGCCUUGCAGGCUAAGAACCUUUUUGGAAACUGAAAAUUGGGAGUUGAAGUUUGUUUUAAAUUAAUAUCAACCGGGCUUGGUGAAUUAACGUUAUACCAACAUGUACCUUUUUUUUUUAAGACAAAUUCAAUUAAACAAGAUUUACUAAACAAUGA